UUUUUGAGUCAAUUGGGCAAGAUGGAUUGUGUUGUAGGAUUGUGGGCCUGUGGUCGUGUAAAAAUAGUGUCUGUGUUGUUUGUUUGAAAUGUUUAAUUGAAUUUACUAAAUUUAAUAAAUUAACAUUUUAACAGUUAAAAAAAUCGAUUAAUUUAAGGAAUUUCAUAGUCGCCAGUAAUGGAAUUAAUAUAUUCUAUGAGGCGCAAGCCUCUGAAGUGCGAACCGCCUCAUUUUGAAAGUCCAACAGACAGGGAAGUUGUUCGUCCAAUCUGUACAAUAUCCACAUGCAACAUCAUCGCGUUCUCAUCGCCCACGGAGCUGGGGGACGCCGAGGGGGACACGUGGGGCGGUCACGUGUACGUCUGUGACUUGGAAACGCCGUGGGACAGCCACAAGGUGGCCAGCAUGGCGCAUCCUGUAUCAACCCUGGAAUGGGACAUAGAGGGACGUCAUCUUUUAGUUGGCACCGUGGAGGGCGAAGUCUCUGUGUACGCGCAGAAGGACCAUUUGCUGAACGAGUGGCAGUGUCUAUACACUUACAACUUUCCAGGAGAGCACAUAAUAAAAGCCGCGUUCUUUCACAAUGGCCGGCGUGUGGUGGCGUUAGACAAGAAAUUAGACGCGCCAAUAACGGAGAGACUCCAGAUGACGAGGUCUACCCCCACUCUUAAAGGUUUUGGCGGCGUGGCGGUGGAGGGCGCGUGCGUGGUGACGGGCAGCGGGCUGGUGGGCGCGCUGGUAGCGCGCGGCGCGGGCGCGCUGGCCGCCACCGACUCGCUGCGGCACGCCCGCGACCGCGUUGUCAGCGCCGCCAUAGCUCAUAAGAACGGCAACCUAAUAAUAUCAGCGUGGUGCGUGUCCUCGUCGUCCGCCCACGUGCGCACGAGCGUGUGCUCGGUGCGCGGCGCCGGCAGCGCGCCCGCCGAGCUGACGCUGCAGCCGCUGCCGGCGCUGCCGCUGGUCGAUAGCAAUCCGGUUUCGCUGACGUGGUGUCUGAGAGAGGACACCGACACUCUGCUGGUGGCCGGCACCAAACUCACUCUCUGGAAACUGACAGAGAGAUCGCAUCCGUUGCACAAGCUAUUGUCGAAAGGUCCAAUGCAGGGCAGCACGACUCCAGGCGGUGGUCAAAAACAGGCGGCCGAUUGCUUCAAUACAGUGGUGUGGCAGCAGAUGGCCGCGUGGCCGAUAGAGAACGGGCACGCCGUACAAGUGUGCAGCGGGAAGUCGCCGCUGUGCGCGCGCGCAGCGCUGGCCACUCCUGCGCACGUCACGCUGCUCGACACCGAGACGCAACUGCAUAUAUGCACCAGGCCGGUGAUAACAAGCGGUUCCGGGGCGAGCUCCCCGCCCACAGCCGGGACUCCCCCCAAAAAGGCCAAAUACGGGCCUGGAGUACUUCCGCCCGGCUCCUCAUGCGCGAUAGUGUCGUGCGUGGAGUUGUCUCAAAUGGGGUGUGUGUUGGUAUGUAUCGAUUCACAUGCUCAACUACACGUGUACAGGAUGCCUCAACCUUGGGUCGAUAUACCGAGCGGAGUGUCGGCGCAGCUGGCGGCCGCGACGCUGGAGUGCGGCGCGGUGUGCGGGUACGAUUGCCUGGACGUGUUGCUGACGCUCAAGCCGAACGUCGUGGAAGCCGUUUACGAGAGAUUCACUGAGAAUUUCCAAAGACAGCCGCCGGCUUUCCAACAAUUCUACUAUCACAGCUGGCUCAAACUUAGAAUAGCGUUAUGCAGACUGGUGCCGUCCGGGCAGACGGCGGCGUCGUGGCUGGCGUGCCUGCAGAGCUGCCUGGGCGGCUGGGCGGCGAGCGGCGCGGCCGUGCGCCCCGACGAGCGCCCCGACGCCGCGCCGCUCGCCGCGCUCGUCGCCAGCGAGCAUGCGCACGACCAGGAGAAGGCGCUGUUGACCCUCGAAGCUCGUACGGAGCCGUCAUCUGAAGCUUUGAACCUACAACCCCUACGUCGUAUACUGCAAAGGGCUUUAGACACGGCACUGACUGCGUUAUGCGCAAAACACAGCAAUCAGACGCAAUACUCAUUAAUAUCGGAUCCCACCGCCGUGACCCUGCUCCGGAAGCUGGUGGUCCUCGCGAGAGCGUGCGGCCGCGGCGGAGACGUCCUGAGCAGGGCUCUCGCCAGAGUGGCGCAGAGCGGGAAACACGAUCAGAACGAGGAGUGCCUGUUGCUCGCCGCUCAGCUGUCGGCGCCGCGCGUGUGGGAAGCGCUGCCGCGGUGCUGCGUGUCCUACAAUGGCGGCAGGGGCUGGCCGCUUUACUUUGAGUAUGGCGUUGAGCCAGAAGCCUUGCGCUGCGCCCCAGAGCCACCGAACUUUGCUCAGGGCGAUACAAUCAAUCCUUCAACGCAUAUGGAUGCUAUUAGAUACAUGUACCUGGGCGGCGGCGGUCGCCCGGCCCACUGGCGCCAGUGCUCGCGCUGCGGCUCGCGCUCGCUGCCGGCCGCGCAGCCCGCCCGGCAUCCGCUGCAGAGGGCGUACGACGCCAGGUUCCUGCUCGCUUGCAGAUGUGGUGGCAAGUGGACUCUGUUCUCCAAUGUUUAGCUGAAUCUUCAUUAGACAUAAAAUAAUUUAUAAUAAGUUAAAUGUAAAUAAAUUUAUUAAUAAAAUUUCUGCCUUUUUGU